GAAGCGCAGUGACAAAGAUGGCUGCGCCCUGCAGUAGAAGUAGGGUAAAGUUAUGAUCGCGCAAAAGUGCAUUUUGGAGCAACAAAUUAUAAAAAUCCAACAAGUGGUGCUUGUUCCUGCAAGUCGCUGCUAGCUAAAUGAUUUGAAAUACGAGUUAAAACCAAACAAAUAAGCAUUCGGAAUGUGGGUUAAUAUUAGAAUGACCUGUGUGUGUUAUUGCUCGAGCAGUAUGGAGUGACUGAUUUCACUACUAAAUGUAUAAAUGAACAUUUGGUUAACAACAAACAUUUGCUUCGUUGCAAUUUUAUAUCAGACGUGUCGUUAUUUCUGGAGGGAUGUGACAAUGUGGAAUCAGUUAAAACGCAUAGGGUCACACUGUGUUAUUAGCAGUGUUUGGCACCAACACGAACUCUUUAGAAACUGUGCGCGUCUGUUGCGCUGUGUUUCCAGUCGUCUACGGGAGUUACGGGCGUUUUCAAAUGACUCCAAACGCACGCAUGACAGUGUGGACUCCUUCGCUAGCACCAGGGAUGUUAAUGGAAGCGGCUUGAGGGAAAGACCUCCUUGGAGAAUAUUGUUCUUUGGGACAGACGAAUUUGCCGUGGAGUCUUUGAAAGCGCUUACUUUGUCCAGAGACAGCAGCCCAAAAACAGUUGUGGAUACUCUUGAAGUUGUUACGUUGCCAGCCGUCAGCUCUAAAGAAGUGCCUGUGAGAAGGUUCGCAAGCCUGAAUCAGCUUCCCACCCGUGACUGGCCACACGUUGGCCCAUGUGAACAGUUCGAUGUGGGCGUGGUGGUGUCAUUUGGGUGUCUUCUACAAGAGGAUCUCAUCCUCAAAUUUCCAUAUGGCAUAUUGAACGUCCACCCCAGUCUUCUCCCCAGGUGGCGCGGUCCUGCUCCGGUGUUCCACACUGUUCUAAAUGGAGACACUGAGACUGGGGUCACCAUCAUGCAGAUUAGACCUAAAAGGUUUGAUGUGGGUCCAAUUCUAAUUCAGGACAAGUGUCUGGUUCAGCCUCAUUGCACAGCCCAGGAGCUUGGGGCGACUCUUGCCAAAAUGGGUGCAAAAAUGCUAAUUUCGACUCUGGAAAAUUUACCAGAAAGAAUACGGAAUAAAAAGGAACAGUCAAAGCAAGGGGCGACUUUUGCUCCUAAGAUCAGUGUGGGUAUGAGCUGGGUAAACUGGGAGGACCAAACCUGUGAUCAGAUUGGGCGUCUGUUCCAGGCAAUCGAAACCAAGAUCUCAUUGAGAACGCUAUGGAUGGGAGUCACAAUAAAACUGCUGGAUUUUGUAGGAAAGAAUGAAAUUCCAGUUGUUUCAGAAUCUGAACAGCAAAGAAAACCAACACCUGGGUCCUUAUUGUAUCACAAGGAGUCAAACACACUACUGGUUUGCUGUAAGGAUGGCUGGGUGGGGUUCAAAGCAGUGAAAUUGAAGAAGAGGCUUUCAGCAGCAGAUUUCUACAAUGGCUAUCUCCACCAGUAUUUUCUAAAAAAACCAGAAAGGCAGCAAAAAGAGUGUCUCUUCCAAACGUACAAACCAGAACAGAGAGACGUGAAAAAAAGAAAGCUGCACCAGCAGGUGUAAAACAUGCCGCGCACCGAGAGGAGGGACCUUUUAGGAGUGUAGCGCAGGUAACUACGCAAAGAGUUAACGGCGCUGAAAAUUAAAUAUUUUUUACAAAAACACCAUGUCUGCUUGUUUGUAAUACAGAUAUGCAAAUUGGAAACACACGCAUGUAUUAAUUAUAUUUAUUUUUUUUAUUAAAUAUUUAGUAGCAACAGACAAAAUAAAGAACUUUACAAUGUUCUUGUGAUGUACA